AUGACUGAUACGGAGUGCAGUGGUUGCGACAUCCCUUCUCAUCUCUACUCUUUCAGCUUCAAUCCGAACCCGAAUUGGUCGAUUGAACUGUGUGAGCAACCUGAAAUCCUACAAUAUCUCAACGACACUGUAGACAAAUUCGAACUCCGUCCCUUUUUCCACCUCAGUAUCGAAUGCUUGGGGGCUAAAUGGCACGAAGAUCGGAAUGAGUGGGAAGUCUUUUUGAAGGACCAGGAGACCAAGAUCAGUUAUUCGCGAUUCGCUACGAUCCUGAUAUCUGCCGUUGGCGCUCUUUCGACUCCGAAGACACCAGACUUCCCAGGGAUGGAUAAGUUCCGUGGACCGAUGGUUCAUACCGCUCAAUGGGACCAUAGUCUCAACUGGGAAGGCAAGAAGGUGGCGGUGAUUGGAAAUGGUUGCAGCUCUGCACAGGCCAUUCCGGUAAUGGCUGAAAAGGCAGCCAAGAUCACUCAGUACGCUCGCAGUCGACAAUGGUACCUUCCGAGGCCAAAUCAUGCUUUCACAGAGGCAGAGAAAUGGUCGUUCCGUUGGAUUCCUCUUCUCCAGAGAUGGCUCCGUUUCCGAAUAUUCCUCGAUGCUGAUGCCGACACUAAAGAAUAUUAUUCUUCAAAGACGGGAGUCAGGAGCCGUUCCGUGCUUGAGAAGAAAGCAGAGGCGUAUAUGCUGUCCAAGGCUCCGAAGAAGUAUCACAGCUUCAUUAUUCCAGACUUCCCCCUUGGAUGCAAGAGACGAAUAUUCGACCCCGGUUAUCUUGAUAGCCUCAAUAAGAAGAAUGUGGAGCUGAUCAACCAAGGCAUCGCAGAGUUCACCGAGACCGGUCUGAUUGACCUUUCGGGCAAGGCAGCUGAUUUUGACAUCAUUGUGCUCGCCACUGGGUACCAAGUCACUGACUUCCUCCAAACUAUGAAGAUUCACGGUGCCAACGGCAUAUCUCUCUGCCAGCAAUGGCGGGAAUGCCGGGGGGCUCAAGCUUACCUGGGGACGUAUGUCCACAACUUCCCUAACUUUGGAAUCAUCUAUGGGCCCAAUACCUUCCCAGCUAAUAACUCAGCCUUGUUCUCUUGUCAAACUCAGGUCAGCUAUGCAGUCCGAAGCUUGAUCAAGCCAAUCGUCGAUGGCCGCGCCGACAGAAUCGAGGUCAAACAAAGCGCCGAAGAUCGCGAAACCAAUAUCAUCCACACCAAGCUGAAGUCAAGUGUCUUCUUCUCCGGAUGUUCCAGCUGGUUCAUUAAUGAGAACGGCCGCAAUGUCACCUCAUGGCCAGGGAAAGCCGAAGAAUAUUGGCGGCGGACACUUGCUGUCGACUGGGGCGCCUUCAAUCUCACGGGAGGCACCAAGUGGUGGGCUGUCAACUCGCUCUCACGUGAAGUAUCGCCCUGGAUCCAUCUUGAACGCGACAUUCUGAUCCUGGCGGUCAUCACUGGGCUCGCUAAGAGCAGGCAGCUGACGCAAUUCGUUCAACCGAACAUUAAGUGGGCUGGCGAAGUUAUCCUCCAGAAUGCUACCGAGCUGCUCCACCGCUAG